CCACUUCUCUUGACUUCAUCCCCUUGGUGAACUGGGAUUCCCUCCAUCACAGAAGAUGUCUUACUGCCCACCACAGGACUGUAUUCCCGAUAUAUGCCCACGUCCAUACAUUGACGUCUGCAACGAGCCGUGUAUCUCAUCAUGUGGAGAUUCGACUGCAGUGGUCUUUGCGCCACCAGUUGUUGUGAGAUUCCCGGGACCAACUAUGGCUACUUGUCCUCAAGACAGCUUCGUAGGAAGCUCCUUACCAAAUAUGCCAAUUAGAGCUGGGGCCUCAUAUGGUUCCGGUGGAGGUUUCAGUGGCUCAAUCACUUCUGGGGGUAGUUACGGUGGUGGUUUGGGAGGAGGUUACAGUGGAGGCUAUGGGGGAGGUAGCAGUAUUGUUUAUGGGGGUGGAGCCGGGGGUGGUUAUGGCGGAGGAGCUGGGGGUGGUUAUGGGGCUGGUUAUGGAGGCUCAUAUGGUUGUGGGGGCUCACGUGGUUAUAUCAGGAAGUCAUAUCGUAGCAUUUCUGGGGGAGGAUAUUCUGGAUUCAACCGUGGGAACUGUGGGCCAUGUUAAACCCAGAAAAACCAUCCAUGGAAUGAGAAACAAUCAGGGGAUGACAAGAUAGAGAUUCACCACGGAUCUAAUGGACAAUGAUGCCUACAACUCUACUUGCAGACUGUGGGUGUUUGUCACCUCUGUAAAUCAGGCCUAUCUGUGUCUUCCACUUGUUACAUAUUAUUGUAGGUUUAUGAUCUAAUGGUUUUGCAGCUUACUCUUAUGCUCCUAUUGUGCUUUGUCCUAUUUGACGUUGAACUGGCUAAAACAAGUCACUUGGCUGAAAAAGGGACAUGAUUUUCAAACUCAACAGCUUCAAGACAGAAAGCAGAUCAUCUUGUGUGAAAAGCCUCACUUUGGAGCGGGUGAUUGGUUCUUGCUUGUAUUGUACCCCUGAAAAUACAUUCUUUGUACUCUGCAUUAAUUCAUUCUACAAGUGUGUACUCCACUGCUCAUUCCCAUUAAAAAUUAUUCUGCAUCAUA